CGAUAUAAGCUGCACCACUACGUAUAACUACUUAGUUCAACAAAUUUGCAUCACAACUCUUUUCCAACAAAGUUUUUGCUUGUAAAUUUCCGAUCUCCAUCUUGUUAAUAACCAUGCUGGAGGGUAAAGCAGUCAUCGUUGAGACUGACAUGCUUCAAACCAUGCAGCAGAAGGCACUUGACUUGACUUCCAAAGUCCUUGAUUUAUUUGAUGUCACUGAAGCCACUGAGAUAGGCCGCUUCAUUAAAAAGGAGUUUGACAGGACAUAUGGACCUGGAUGGCAGUGCAUUGUAGGAGCAGAUUUUGGUUCAUUUGUUACACAUUGCCACGGCUGUUUCAUCUAUUUUUGCGUGGGCAGCCUUGCAGUUUUGAUGUUCAGGGGAGCUGCAGGUCCAGAAGCUGAGGCAAAGCAGCCGUGUGCAGCGGCCUUGGAGGCAAUACAAGCAGGAAGUUCUUAUUCUCUUCAUCACUUUGUGCUUUGAGUGUGUACCCUGCCUUUGUAGUAGUGUAGGCUAGGUAUUAGGACUGAAGAAGAAAUUCUAGGGUUCGAAUUUUAGAUUCAACGAUCCAGCUAGCUGUUUAUAUACAUUUUCGUCAUGUUUCAAAGGACUGCUAUGCAUUCGUUUAAUGGUUGCUGAUAAGCUUGGGACUGCUAGAGUUAGGGCUUAUCCCUAGCUAAGUAAUUUUCUGUUUGGUUAUGUUACAACCGUUUGGGU